CUUGUUGUCAGAUGAAAACGGUAGCCGAACAGCAUGAAAGCUGUAAUAAUUAAUGUACGGAAAAUCUCAGCUUUUGUUUAUAUAUGUUCUUUUGUUAAUUAUGUGAUUUCUACAGAUCUAGGAGUCGAUUAUGACGAAAUGACAGAAAAACAAGUCAGUGACUGCUUUAGGGAAAUUACUUGCGAACUAGGAGAAGAACCACGUAAUAAGUUCAUGGAAUGCACUAAUUACCUUCCUCCUAAAGAACUUCAGCUUGCGUUUGAUUGGUUCAAGGACUACGACCCUCCAUUCAUAUUUACUGGUGAUCUGGAAAACAAGGUGCAUAUGCUAUGCGAUGUUGACAGCGAGACGCUAGAGAAUCUUAUGGACCACUUUUUAGUAAUGUACGUUGAUCACAUGUCC